CAGCCUGGGAAGAGGGGGUGGAGGGUAGCCUAAAAUUAGCCCCUUGGACCAAGACUAGGGGCUGACUCCUAGUCUUUCAGCAGCAUUGUUAACAGUGGGAACCGAGCGCCCCAGCUGCUACAGGCUGAGGCCAUAGGGGCUCCCUAAGGAGGGGCCACCAGGGCCCCAGUGUUUUACAGAGUUGCGGUAGCAACGACCCCGGGCAGCACGGCCUCAGGCUGAAGCCCGAUCUGGCAUUUUCUUGUGCUCAUAAUGAGAAUAGUUCUCCAAUUAGCCAAGAUGAACCUCAUGGACAUCACCAAGAUUUUCUCCCUCCUGCAGCCCGACAAGGAGGAGGAAGAUACCGACACGGAGGAAAAGCAGGCUCUCAGUCAAGCAGUGUAUGACAACGACUCCUAUACCUUGGACCAGCUUUUGCACCAGGAGCGUUACAAACGUUUCAUCAACAGCAGGAGUGGCUGGGGCGUUCCUGGGACACCCUUGCGCUUGGCUGCUUCUUAUGGCCACUUGAGCUGUUUGCGAGUCCUUUUGGCACAUGGUGCUGACGUUGAUAGUUUGGAUGUCAAGGCACAGACGCCACUUUUCACUGCUGUCAGUCAUGGACAUCUGGACUGUGUACGUGUGCUUUUGGAAGCUGGUGCCUGUCCUGGUGGUAGUAUCUACAACAACUGUUCUCCCGUGCUCACAGCUGCUCGUGAUGGUGCUGUUGCUAUCCUGCAGGAGCUCCUAGGCCAUGGUGCAGAGGCCAAUGUCAAAGCUAAAUUACCGGUCUGGGCAUCAAACAUAGCUUCAUGUUCUGGCCCCCUCUAUUUGGCUGCAGUCUACGGGCACCUGGACUGCUUCCGCCUGCUUUUGCUCCAUGGGGCAGACCCUGACUACAACUGCACUGACCAGGGUCUAUUGGCUCGUGUCCCACGACCCCGCACCCUCCUUGAAAUCUGCCUCCACCAUAAUUGUGAGCCAGAGUACAUCCAGCUGUUAAUCGAUUUUGGUGCUAAUAUCUACCUUCCAUCUCUCUCCUUUGACCUGACCUCACAAGAUGAUAAAGGCAUUGCAUUGCUGCUACAGGCCCGAGCCACUCCACAGUCGCUCCUAUCACAGGCCCGUUUAGUCAUCCGCAGAGCCCUGUGCCAGGCUGGCCAGUUACAAGCCAUCAACCAGCUGGAUAUUCCUCCUGUGUUGAUUAGCUAUCUCAAACACCAACUAUAAUCUUGCAGUCUGCCCAGGAACUUAUGAUGCCUUCAGAAACCACCUGGAGACUCAGGUAGCUGGAGGGCAUUACAGCUCCACAAUAAAAUUCUCCAGAAAAUAAG